AUGAUAGCUGCUGCAUCCACUAGGUCGCUCUUCUUCAUCUCUUCCAAGGCGUCUUUUGCUCUCCGUUUCUCUUCGGCCUCUCUUAUCGCUACAAGAUUAUCAUCAGGCAUACCUCGAGUGUUUGACCUCCACACGUCCACUUCUGGCGUCACUGUCACCAAGCUGUCGCCCACGCCCUUCCCCACGAACCACUCCUCGCUGCGAGGGACGCUACUUCAAGCUUCCGGGAACGGUGUAGCUCUUCGCUUUUCGGGACCUCAGCAACAAUCGUUCGGUCUUCAACACCUCUCCGCUUCUCGAUCGGCCUCCACUUCUGACUCUCCUGCAAACGACGACAACGAAAUGGGUGCCAUCGCAACAGGACGGGUCGACACCACUCAGCGGGUCCAGGCUCUUCGUGAGCUCAUGUCCAAGCACGGCGUCGUCGCCUACGUCAUCCCUUCCGGCGACGAGCACGCUUCCGAAUACCCUGCCGAAUCGGACCUUCGUAGAGGUUACAUCACCGGCUUCACCGGCUCUGCCGGCUCUGCGGUCGUCACCACCGACAAGGCGCUUCUCUUCACCGAUGGGCGCUACUUCCUCCAAGCCGGUAAGCAGCUCGAGCCUACCGUGUGGACGCUCAUGAAGCAGGGAGAGCCCAGCGUGCCCACGUGGCAAGAGUACCUCUCCAAGAACCUCCCCGCCAACUCCAAGAUUGGCAUGGAUGCUUCGCUCAUCUCUGCAGACGAUGCCAAGGACAUCACCGCCGAGCUCACCAAGAUCGGGUCCAGCCUUGUACCCAUCCGCGAGAACCUCGUCGACCAGGUGUGGACCGACCGCCCGACGCGACCAGCCCAGCCCAUUUUCGUGCUCAAGGAAGAGACUGCCGGCCGUUCUUCGUCGGACAAGAUCCGCGAACUGCGAGACGAAAUCAAGAAGAAGUCGGCUCGCGGCUUUGUGGCAAACAUGCUCGACGAGGUCGCCUGGCUGUUCAACCUGCGUGGUACCGAUGUUCCCUACAACCCCGUCUUCUUCUCCUUUGCGCUGGUGCUGGUCGACAAGGUCUUGCUCUACGUCAACGACAACCAGCUCACCGACGACGUCAAGAACAGCCUGAGUUCCGAAGUCACCCUUCGACCUUAUGCAGAGUUCUACAAUGACCUCCACAAAGUUGGUGCUGAGCUCGGCGAGGGAGACAAGAUUCUUAUCGGGAAGAGUGCGUCGUUGGCUGUGCAGGAGGCGCUUGGAGGCGCAGCCAAGGUGGAGAUUGUUCGAUCCAUCGUCGGCGACCAGAAGUCGAUCAAGAACGACAUCGAGCUCGAAGGUUUCCGCCAGAGUCACAUUCGCGACGGCGCCGCUUUGUGCCAGUACUUCGCCUGGCUCGAGGAGCAGCUGCAUGCCGGCAACAAGGUGACCGAGUCCGAGGGAGCCGACAAGCUCAGCUCGUACCGCCAGUCACUCGAGCACUUCCGAGGCGAGAGUUUCACGACGAUCUCGUCUACCGGUCCCAACGGUGCUAUCAUCCACUACAGCCCGGACCCGUCGAGCUGCCCUGCGAUCGACGUAAACGAGCUGUACCUGUGCGACUCGGGUGCGCAGUUCACCGAUGGUACCACCGACGUGACGCGCACGUGGCACUUUGGCAAGCCCGCGCCGGAACACGUCCGUGCGUUUACGCGCGUGUUGCAGGGCCACAUUGCCAUUGACCGCGCCAUCUUCCCCAAGGGCACCACGGGGUAUUUGCUAGACGUGCUCGCCCGCCGUGCGCUGUGGGAGGACGGCUUGGACUACCGCCACGGGACGGGCCACGGCGUCGGACACUUCCUCAACGUCCACGAGGGUCCUCAGGGCAUCGGCACGCGCGCCGUGUUCAACGAGACCAGCUUGAAGGAGAACAUGGUAGUGUCCAACGAGCCGGGUUACUACGAGGACGGCAAGUGGGGUAUUCGUAUCGAGAACCUCGUUAUUGUGCGUCCCGCGAAGACGCCCAACAACUUUGGCAGCAAGGGCUACUUGACUUUUGAACACCUCACCAUGUGCCCGAUCCAGGUCUCGCUGAUCGACGCUGAUCUACUGACUAGGGAGGACAAGAAGUGGUUGAACGACUACCACGAUGAGGUGCUAGCCAAAGUGGGUCCUAGGUUGCAGAAGGAUGCUAGGGCGCUCGAGUGGUUGAAGAGGCAGUGUGCCGCUCGCGUUUGA